AUGUUGACCUAUAUGGAGUAUCCGGCGUUCAAACAGCACUCCGACAGUGGCCCAAUUCUAAACGAUGAGUAUUCUACUUAUAGCCCCGGUUGCGGGGUGUUUCGGUGUGUGCGGGGGGUGGAUGGGCGGGGUGGCGGGGGAGGCGCUCGGCACACGGCGCGGUGGCGAAAGAGGCCGCUAACGAAUUGUUUUGGUGAAAGUGCGCGCCGCCGCCGCCGCGACCACAUUCCGACGAACUGGUCGAGGAGUCGCCUCUGUGGGAAACCGCCGCCACCGCCAGCCGGCGGCGCGCUGCCGCCCCGGCAGGGACCACCGCAGCUCUCCCAUACUACUAUUCAAAUUCGGCCCCGAGGAAUGCAGCCUCCGCCAUUGUGCCCGCAGCGCAAUCGGUACGGCCUCGGCGGGGCCGCACGUUGCACGCGC